AUGUUGACAAAGAUAUCAUUCGUUUUUCUGCCUUUGGCAGUCUCAGCGGGUCUACUGCCCAGCUGGCUGGCUAUGGAUCGUCGCACCGAUAUCUGCGGUGUUAAAGGGUACGACCGGAACAACGGCAACUAUUUUUGGAGUGCCAGUAAGAAGCUUACAUCAUAUUCUGGCUGCUCCACCCGAUGCGCUCAGAGCGAACGCUGUGAGAGCUUUGGCUUCAACGAUGAAGCCUGCAUGCUCUUCGAUCUCUCUCUUGCCGAAAACUUCGACGCGGAUCGCCACAGUGAUGUGAAGUACUACGAUGUGGGCUGCGUCAAAGAUGCAACUAUCUCCACACCCAAAGCAGCAUCUUCUCUCACGCGUACGACCACGGUAUCAUCGGCGACGCGAACGGUCACCCGUAGCAUUGCCCUCGCCACCGGGACUGGUGUUCCUUUGCGACCUACCAACGGCACUGGCUUCUUCCCUGUGACCAGGACCGCCGCAUCACACAGCCUGAUAACCGCAAGCAGUGACGAGCCUGCUACGCCAACGGCAACCGCGGAUAACUCCGCCGCUGAAACCACGUCGUCGAACAGCAGUGAGGGUGACAACAGCACAGAGAGCGGUAGUUCUGGAACCGGUGUUGAGUCACAGAUCGGUGACGGAAUUCUCCCCCCAACUAGGAACAUCACACUUGCGAACAAUGGCACCAGCACUGCCCUCAACUCUACAGCUGUAUUCAAUAGCACAAGCACAGACUUUCCAGCAGUCUUGGUCAUCUGA